UGGGUGCACAACCAUUUCCCACUGUUCGUUACCUCUGGUCCAGUGGGAUUGAAGAGGCCCAUCACCGGGCUUCAAUGCCUGGUUCUUGGCUUGGGUCUAGAAGUGCAGGAAGGCAUCCAUCAGCCAGGGUCCAGACAGAGCAGACCCUGCUGACAGUUGGAGGCUGAGCAGGGUCCUCCUGGGCCAGGCUCUCCUUGGGAAUAUGAUGGGUCCUAUGGCAUAUGCCCACAGUGUGGGCUCCUCCACUUCUCCCCAAAGAGGGGCUGGCAUUGCCUCUCCUGAAUGUGACCGUGGGCAUAAGCAUCUAGGGCUGGGGACAGACUGCAGAGGAGGGGGUGUAGAGGGUGUGAAAGGAGGCCAAAGGCAGUAAAAGAAAAGAGACAAGGGGAGGAGGCCCUGGUGAGCAAAGAUGCCCAGAGGGAAAGUACCAAGCCACUUAGCUUUCUUUGCUACAAACCAGCUCACCCGUCAGUCUCACAGAACUGGAAAACAUGGGGGAUUUAAAACACCAGACCCUCCGACACUGAAUGAGACCCUAGAUACCACUUCUCUUGAGGACAUAAUGCCAGACACCAGGUACUUCACAGUCUAGCUGGAGAGUAGGCAUGAAGUAGCUAUUGUGACAAGGUGCAAACUCAAACCCCUGGGGGGGGUCAGCCAGGCAAUAGAGAUUCUCUGAGAUUUCCCAUGCGGACAGUCAUGUUGUCUGUAAGGAGAGAUGCCUUUAUUUCUUCUUUUCCAAUUUGUAUGCCUUUUAUUUCCCUUUCCUUUUUGCACAAGCUAGAACACCACCACCCCCGCCCCUGAAUACAACGUUGAAGAGGUGUGGGUAGGAGCAGACAUCCUUGCCUUGUUCUCAAUAUUAGGGGGAAAUCUUUCAGUCUUUCAUUAUUUAGUAUGUUAGCUGCAGGUUCUUUCUCGAUGCCUUUCAUCAGAUUGAGAAAGUUCCCCUCUAGUCAGAGUUUGCUGAGAAUUUUUACCAGGAAGGGGUGCUGAAUUUUGUUAAAUGCUUUUUCUAUGUCAUCUUCACUCACAUUUCAUUGGCAAAGCCCAUUUUACCUGCCCCAAAGUGGCAGAGUAUCAGCUAGGGGCCAGUGGUGGCAGCUGUGGCACCAGGCCAAGCCCCUGGCACUGCCAGAUUGAGGGCGUCCCAGAGGGCAGUGGGCUUCCCCUCUCUUGGCGAAGACCAUCCAGAACCUUACCAGACUCAGCCAGCUAGUUGGCUUUGCCUGGGAUAGCUUCCUCAUGGUGUCCCUCCCACUCACCACCACCAGGGAAGGGCACAUCCAGGACCAGCCUGCCUCAGAGGAGGAACGGAUUACUGUUCCUCUCCCUUCUGGCCGGAUUCAGGACCCCAUCCCGUCCAUACCCGAGUCCACAGACCUGGCCGCAGUAUGCCCCGUUAUACAAACUGGAAACAAAGAUGCAAGAAAAUUUAAGAAUUUGCAUAGGGUCCCCAAAAGGUGAAGGCAGCCCCAAACCUAGGUACUGGACUUCAGUUCCUUGAUUUUGCUUCCUUUAUCCUGCUGAGCUUGCCCAAAACCCUGGACAGCGCUGGCCACUGGCGCAGGCAGGAGGCUCCAGUGGCUGGGUCAGGUGCCAACGUGAGGGCCCAGGUUGGGCAACCUGGCUCAGCUAAAGGGCAGGCAGGCACCUUCCCCCCGCCUCCCCGCUUUUGGUUCAAAGGGUCAAGCCCCGCCCCGCCAGGCCCCGAGCCCGCUUUGAAGUGCUGAUGCGGCCUGGAAGGGGCCACUUCACACCUCGGGCUCGGGAUAAAGCGGUCGCUGGCCGCCGACCCCAAGAAGCGCCGCCGCUGUCAUGGCCCAGUUCCUGUGUCCGCCGCUCUCUGAGUCCUGGAUCCUCUCUGCGAGCUGGGGCCCAGCUCGGCCGCCUCCGACCUCCGACAGGGACUUCGGCUGCUCCCCCGCCUCGUCCCCGGACUCCUGGGACAGCGCCCCGGCCGGCACACCCGCCGGCCAGAGCCUGACCAAGAUCGAGACGCUGCGCCUGGCCAUCCGCUACAUCGGCCACCUGUCGGCCGUGCUGGGCCUCAGCGAGGAGAGCCUGCAGCGCCGGCGCCGCAACGACUCAGCGCUCCCUCGGGGCUGCGCGCUGUGCCCCGACGGCGGCCCCAAGCAGACGCAGACGUGCGGCCCCGGCCUGGGCUCAGCCGCCAGCGCCGCUGCGUGCUGGGGGUCCCCGCCCGCCUGCCCUGCACCCCUAGAGGCGCCCGAGCCGCGCGACCUGCCUGUGCUCUACCACGAGGCGGCGUGCCCCGAAGGGCAGGCGAUGGAGCCAGACCACGCAUCUCCGCUCUUUCCCGGCGACGGGGACGUGCUGGCACUACUGGAGACCUGGAUGCCCCUGGAGUGGCCACCGGCCUGAACAGUUGCAGUGACGACGGACAACUGGCGCCCUGUUCUGUGAGCACCGACGCCGUUUUGGCCGCCGCGCCUUCGAAGCGGUCCCUCUCCAGGCUCCCUUUCCUGGAAGAGGGCACCGGGGAUACUGGCAUGGGCAUUGUUGAACGUGAGAGUCUGUCCCCAUCCAGGAUGGCCCUCUCCAAUCCCUCCCGCGAUGGAGAGACCCUUAGGGUAGACACUUUGAGGCAGGCAGGAGGCUCUGCCUAGUAUGUAUUUAUUUAUUUGUGAAUAAACUAUGUUCUGGUGUCA